UUCUAGGGUUUGAAACCUGUGAAGUUCCCUCCUCCCUCGCGAAGCUCAUUGAAUCCAUUCCCGCAAUUCGCGCGCAAUUCCUCCAUCUUUUCCUCCGAUUCGUCGCCUUCGUCUUCCCCUUCCUCCCGUCCAUCGAUCCGGAUCGAAGGGAGGAAGGGUCAUCGGCGACGGCGUCGGAGGAAUCCAUGGAUCCCGCCGAUGAAGACGACGAGGACCACCAUUCGCCGCCCUUUUACUCCACCAUCACCGCCGGUGACCCCUUGCUUUGCUGCUGCACCAGUCAAUGCCCUUGCUGCGGUUUCUCUGCUGACUGGCGCCGCUCCAUGAAGCGCAAGCUUGAUGCCGUCCCUCCUCCCCCGCUGCUCCCCCUGGAUUUCGCCACCGUUCGCGUUGAGGCUGAGAACGAGAUCAUGGCUCUUCGGGAAGCGCUUGUGAAACACCAACAAACGAUUCAUGAUCUCUACGCGGAGCUCGAGGAGGAGCGCAAUGCGUCGUCGACGGCGGCGAGCGAGGCCAUGUCGAUGAUCCUUCGUUUGCAGCGUGAGAAGGCCGAGGCACAGAUGGAAGCCCGCCAGUUCAAGCGCCUUGCCGAGGAGAAGAUGGCGCAUGAUCAGCAGGAGAUCAUCGCCCUUGAGGACCUCCUUUUCAAGCGCGAUCAAGGUAUACAAUCCCUCUCUAAUGAUCUGCAAACCCUCCGUUACCGCCUCAACUCCUUCGAUAACCCCCAGACCCCCACGACCCCCCUCUCCGCCACCGCCGAGUUUCCUCCCUACCCUGCCCUUCGGUGCACCAUCCCCACCGCGGACUUCGACCUCAAUAUUGCCGACGAUGCCCCCUCCCCCGCCGACCUCGAGAAGUACGCCUUCGGCGAGACCCCGCGUGAUCGGAUCCAGAACUUUGAGCAACGGAUAUGCGAGCUCGAGCGCACGCCGAGCACCAAAGUCAUGGAGAAGGGUGUCGUUGGCUACUUCUAUUCCCCCCGCCGUCCAAGGCAUCUCCGUAGGAUGUCUUUCGAAAGCUUCGGAUCGGGAUCCUUCAGGAGGGGGGAUGAAUUCCCGCUUUCCAUCGAGCGUGCGGGAUCGGAGAACAACGAGGAGAUUUGUGACAGGGUUUACACCAUUGAUGCAGUGCAUGCUUGCAAUGAUUCAAUGAACACCUCAAGAGAGUUUGGUGCUGGGAAUGGGAGGGAUGAAGGGGAAAUUGAGAAGCUGUAUACAAGGCUUCAGGCAUUGGAGGCUGAUAGGGAGUAUAUGAGGCAGGCCAUCAUGUCGGUGAGCACAGACAAGGCGCAGAUGGUGUUGCUUAAGGAGAUUGCUCAGCAGCUGUGCAAGGAUGAUAUGCCUGUGGAGAAGAAAAUUGUUAAGAAACCAUCUUUCAUCAAGAGCUUUUCCAUCAUGAAUGCAGUUAAGUGGGUCAUGUCAUUUGUUUGCUGGAAAAAGAAAGCAGUUCGAUGCAGGUAUCCUUUGGGUUUAGCGAGUAGCAAUGCUGGCCUGCUGCUGUUGUUAGAGAAGUCUCCCCGAAUGAGACAGCGCCGUUGCCUCUCAGGAAUACGAAGAUGAUUUCAUCUUCCUCAUGGUUUGCCAUGCCCAGUCCCAGCAUUGCAUUUUUUUCAUUAUGUAAAAUCUGGAGUUGAUGUGGAUGGUAAUCUUGUGUAACUAACUGUCUGUUUUUGUUUU